AUGAAUCAGUAUGAUCAAUGGAAUCGUAGAAUUCGGACCAUAUGGUAUUGUAGUAGUCUUUAUGUCGAAUAUAAAAAUGCCUUAAGAAAAUCAAAAAAAAUGCCAGUUGAUAAAAAGACAGAAUAUUGGGAAAAGAAACAUGAAGAAUUUGCUACGAAAAUGUUAAAUAAUAUUUAUGAAUUAAAAGGAUGGUGGGUUAAAGUUGGUCAAUUUUUAAGUACACAAGAAAAUAUUAUGCCAGUAGCAUAUAUAGAAAAAUUUACAAAAUUACAAGAUAUGAUGCCUACAUCUUCUUUUGAUAAAAUAGAAGCUAUUUUAAAAAAAGAAUUAGGAAAUAUAUAUGAUUUAUUUGAAUAUAUUGAUGAACAACCAUUAGCAAGUGCAUCUAUAGGGCAAGUUCAUAGAGCUAAAUUAAAAAAAAAUGAAAAAAAUUUAAGUCUUAUUGAAAAUGAUGAUAAAAAUAAAUAUAACGUUAUAAUAAAAAUACAACACGAAGGAAUAGAUCAAUUUUUAUCUUCAGAUAUAAAUACUCUAAAAAAAGUUUCAUGGGCAUUUGGAUUAAUUGAUAAAAAUUUUUAUUUUAGUGAUUUUAUAGAUGAGUGGCAAGAUUCCGCUUCUCGUGAAUUAAAUUACAGAUAUGAGUUAUACCACCAAAUAUUAGCUUAUAAUAGUUAUAAAAAGUCAGGAAUACAUAUAAAAAUACCUAAAAUAUAUUGUGCUCUUACAACUACUAAAGUAUUGGUAAUGGAAUAUAUAAAUGGAUUUAAAAUUACUGAUUACGAUUUAAUUAAAAAAUACAAUGUAGACACAUAUAAAUUAGCUUAUAAAAUAAUUGAUUAUUUUGCUUAUCAAAUUCACAAUGAUGGUUUUUUUCAUGGAGAUCCUCAUCCAGGAAAUAUAUUAGUCAUGAUGAAAAGAAAUAAUAAUAAAAAAAAAAAAAAAAAAAAAUUUGAAAAUUUUAAAAUUAAAAAGAAGAUUAAUUCUAAUAUCCUAUCAUAUAAUAUUCCUAAUUUAACUAUGGAUAAUUUUAUAGAAUCAGGAAAUUUUAAUUCAAAAAGAAAAAGUUCAAAUAAGUUAAUGGAUUCAUUAUCUAAAUCAUUUAGUUAUGCUGACUAUUCUUUUAAUGAUAACCUUGAUUUUUAUCGAAAAAAAAAAAUAUAUGGUUCUAACUUAAGUGAAAACAUGAGUGAUGAUCUAAAUGCAAUAAGAAAAAGCAUUUCAAAAUCAGAGGAAUAUAUUUCAUAUAGAGAUUCAAGAAGAAAACUAUCAAAGGAAAUAAAAUUAGACAAAGAUAAUUAUAAUAAAUUAAGUAAUGAUAAAAAUAUGAUUACUCGAAAAAGGAGUAUGUUUUUGGUAAAUAAUAAUGAUAAUGAAUGUAUUGAAAAAAAAGUGGCACACAAAAGAAAAAACCAAUAUUCUUUUGUACCUGUUAUAAUUGAUUGGGGAUUAAUAAAGCAGCUAGACAGUGUUAUGAAAGUAGCAUUUUGUAAAUUAAUUUAUAAUAUUAGUUGUAUGAAUGUUUUAAAUAUUAUAGAAGCCUUUGAAGAUAUGGGUUUUUGCUUUAAAGAAGAUUUUACAUAUGAUCCAGAAAUAUAUAUUGAAAAUUUAAAAAGAUUUUUUUUAAAGAAAUUAGAAGAAUCAAGUAAUAAGGUAAAUGAUAAUCAAAAAGAAUAUGAUAAUUAUAAUGAAGAAAUAAAUAAAAAUAAGAAUAUGGAGAUGUUAAUUAAUAUAGAAAAAAAAGAUGUAUUAGAACAAAAUCCUGUUAGUGAUGUACCUAAGGAUAUUAUAUUUUUUAUUAGAGUAGCUUCAUUAUUGCAUGGUUUAUGUAGUCAGUUAGAUGUAAAAAUAAAUUAUUUAAGCAUUUUUUCUAGAAGAGCAAAAGAAGCAUUAGAGAAAAUUUAUAGACCAAUGAAUAAUUCUAUAUAUACAAUCCCAAUUGAUAAAACUCCUAAUACUUUCUUGGAGAAAAGAAUUCAUAAUUUCAUUAAAAACCUCUUUGAUAAAAAUAAAAUAUUAGGAUGUCAAAUAGCCAUUAUACAUAAAAAAAAAUUAGUUGUUAACACGUGUGUUGGAGUAACCAGUACUACGGAUAAAAGACCAAUCACAAAACAUUCACUAUUUAAUGGAUAUUCUUUGAAUAAAGCUAUUCUAACGAUUGCUUUAAUACAUUUAAUUUCUAAUUCUAUAAAUGAACACAAUUCAUCAGAAAAUGUUUUCUUAAGUUUUAAUAAAAAUAAAAAAGAUAAUAACGAAGUAAAAAGAAGAAAAAAAAAUAGCAUAAAUGAAGAAAUAGAUGAAAAAGAAAACAAGUUUAUUAGUGAAAAGCUUAGUGAUAUUAACAAAAUUGAAUAUGAUUAUUUCUCUCAAAAAAAAAAAGAAAAUACUUAUUUUGAAGAUAUAACUUCAGAACAAAAAAAAGGUACAGCUUUUAAUAGAGUUAGAAGUGAUAGCUAUAAUAAUAAUAAUAAUAAUAAUAAUAAUAAUAAUAAUAAUAAUAAUAAUAAUAAUAAUAAUAAUAAUAAUAAUAGAAAUGAUACAUAUGAUGACAAUAAGAAGAAAGAUUUUAAUGUUUCCAAUGAUAGUUAUAAUAAAAAUAGUACAACUUAUAGCAAUACCUUAAAUAAAACCAUACUAAAAGAUAUAGAAUCAAAGCAAAUAAAGAAUUUUAAAAAUACAAUAAAUGACUAUAUAUGUAACUAUUGGGAUGGUUUUAUUUGCAAUAAUAAAAAAAAUAUAAGAAUAAAAGAUGUUUUAACUCUUAAAUGUUUUAUUAGAAAACCUUUCCAUGAUAAAAUAACUUUGAGCAAAUUUAUCGAUUACGAUAAAAUGAUUAAUAUGAUAGAAAAUUCAAAAAAUUAUAAAUUAAAGAAUAAAUCAUCAGAAUAUGGAGAAUAUUUAUAUUUGAUUGAUUCAUAUAUUAUAGCUGAAUUAAUUCGUAACAUUUCAGGUUUAAAAUAUUAUGAAUAUAUUUUUAAAUACAUCAUAAAACCAUUACACUUAACUGAAGAAAUGUUUAUUCCUAUUCCUACCUAUUUAUUAAAAAGAAAUGAAGAAGAAUUAAAAAGAAAGAAUCAAUUAAUUAGUGAAAAAGGAAAAAAAAAUAUGAAAGACAAAAAAUUUAAUUUACAAAAGGAAUACACAACUAAUAUUAAUAAAAGUAAUGAAUUACCAUCUCAUACUUUUUCACGUGGAAAUGAAAAUAAAAUAUCAAGUAGAAUUCCUGAUAUUUUUAAUGAUUUGAAUCAAGAAAAAAAUAUGAAUAUUUAUUAUAAUAAUCAUAUCAGGUAUGAAUGUAAUAUUGGAAAAAAUGAUUACACUAAUAAAAAAAAUAAAAAUAUUCACAGAAAAACUAUAAAAAGAAGAAAUAUAAGUUUAGAUGUAUAUUAUUCUAUGAAGACGAAAAAGGAUGAUGAUACUAAAAAUUUUCAAAAUUCAAAUAAUAUAAUAAAAAAUAUAAAUUUUUUUAGUGCAUUACCAGAUUCUAAUAAGGAGUAUUCAUAUAAUAAUAAUAUAGAAAAGGAAAAGCAUAUAAGAAAAUAUUCUCAGAAUGAUAAUAGAGAAUUAUGUAAAGAAAAUAACAGUUUAUCUAACAAAAAAAAAAGUGAAAUGAAUAUCUUAAUUAAUAAUGAAUGUCUUAAAAAAGUAUCUGAAAAAGGAUUUAUUUCUAACAACAUUUUAGAAAGUAAUUUAAAAAAUAGAAAUCCUGUAAGUUUGAAAAAUAAGUUUUUAAAUCAUGUAGAUAACUUAAAAGUAAAAACAAGAAAAAUAAAUGAUUCACUAAAAAAUAUAUAUGAAAACAAUGAAAAUGUUUUUUUAAAAAAAAUUUUUUCUUCACAAAAAAAAAGCGAAAUUAAAAACAUUGAUAAUUCUACAAUUAAUACAAAUUAUAAUAAAAGCAGUUAUAAUUAUAAUAAUGAAAUUAUUAAUAAAGAAAAUAGUAUAAAAGAAAUAGAAGAAGAUAAUAGUGAUAGAUGUGGUACAAAAAAAAUAUUUUCUAACUUUGGAGAGGCAAAAAAAAAUGAAAAUUUAUUAUUAAGUAGUAAUGAGUUAAAUAUUAUAAGAGGAUCAAAAAGGAGAACCCAAAGCUGUACAAAUUGUAAAAUGAUAAAAUAUAAUAAAAAUAGGAAUAUUAAAAUUAAAAAACUUACUAACUCAAAUGGUGUUGUAUUUAGAUAUCAAAAUGAUACUAAUAAAUUCGUUGACUAUAAUGUAGAUUUUUUUCCUUGUACCUUUUUAAAUAAUUUUUCCGAUAAUUUCAAAGAUGAUGAAAUUGACUCAAGAAAUCUCUUUUAUAAUUUAGAAGAAGGAAGAAAAUUUUAUAAAUUUACUUUUGAUGAUAAUAUAAAAACAUUAUUUGAAAACAUAGAUACAAAAACUAGCGGAGAUGAAUCAGCAAACAGUAUAUUAAAGGAGAAAUAUAAUGAGUGUCAGAAAAAAAAUAACAAGUAUAGAAAAAUAUUUAAAUAUAUUAAGGUAUUAAGAAGUAUUUUAAAAGAAAAAGAAAAAAAAAUAAAAAAAAAAAGUUUCCCAUUUUUAAAAAAAAAUGAGGAAAAUGGUAAUUUUAUUAAAGAAAUGGAAGAAUUAAAAAAAGAUGAAGAACUUAUGAAAAAAUUAAUUGAAUAUAAAUAUUUGAUAUUACAAAGACAAAAUAAUAACAUAACGAAAAAAAAAAACAAACAAAAUAUUUAUAUUAAUGAAUGUUCGGACGAUAUUGAAAUGUUCAGUGAUUCUACUAGCGAUAGUUCUGAAUCAACUGCAUCUUUAAAUAAAAUAAAAAGUGAAAAUAUGAGAAGAAAAAUAAAUGAAAAAAAAAAACAAUUAGAAAUAUAUUUAAUUAUGAACAAUUUAUAUAAAAAAAAUAAAAAAGGGUUAAUAUCAAAAGAACAUCAUACUAUUAAUAAGAAAACAGAUGUAUAUUGGAGACUAGCAUAUGCUAGGAGAAAUAUUGAUAUAUUAGAUAAUAUGUCUAGAACUGAUGUGAAUAAAAAAUUAGAAAUAUUUAAGCAAAAUAUAAAAAAUAAAAAAGUUGGUAGUGAUUCAGAAAAUGAAGAAAAUAAUGUAGUAUAUGAACAAGAAAAAAUAAUAAAUGAUUUAAAAAAAUUAGAUACAAAACUUAAAAUGUAUUUGGAUAAUUAUAAUGUGAAACAUUAUAACAAAUAUAUAUCUUUAUUUCAAUUAAUGCAAACAAAACCAUAUAUAUUAGAUCCUUUAAUUUAUGAUUCAAAAAAAAUACUUGACAAAUUUAUACCUUUUAAUGGAAGAUUUACAGCUAAAGCAUUGUGUAAAUUAUUUGCUUUUGCUAAUAAUCAAUUUUUCUUUCCUUCAUAUAUUCUUAAUAAAAUAAGAAAAAUAUAUACACUUGAUAAAAGUAUUGAGUCUUAUAUAUUAACAGGUGGGAUGAGUAGAAAAUGGGGAAUGGGUUUUCAAAUUUUUGAAUGUGAAUACAAUGAUGAGAUAAACGAAGAUUUUUAUUUAUAUAAAAAAGGAGAAAAAAAGGAAAAUAAAAAUGGAAAUAAGAAUAAAGAUGUUUCUAAUCGUAAAACAAUUGUUGGAUAUGGCCAAUCUGACUUUUCUGGCUGUUUAGCUGUAUCUUUUCCCGAAAUUGAUUUUUCUCUUACAAUUCUUUUAUCAGAUAUUUUUAAAGGAUCAGAAGUUUCACAUUUAAUACUAGAUUAUGUAUUAAAAGUAUAUGGUAUAAAACCUAAGUGGAAGUUACCUAUAGAAGUAUCAGAACUUAUUAAAAUCUUAUAA